UUAGCUGUACCAGGGGCGUAUUCAUUACGCCGAUUCUAUUGUAAAACGUUUCCUAAACGGAAGCAAACGGGGCAGGACCUACCUUAACUUGUCCAGUAGAAACUCUCGUUUUUCUUUGUUAGCUUCCGUUUGGUUCUUAAAGGGUAACGGUUUACGUAAUGAAUACGCCCCUGCUGACCGGGAGAUACGAGUUAGCUAGCUACUUAGGCAUUCUCGUACAUGAAUGAGGGAUCAGAUCAUGAUGUUUAGUAUUGUUUGGAUAUGGUGACUCUGUCAGAAUUUUAGUCCAUGCAUUUUGACAAGCUCAGGACCUAUGUGCCAAGAUCUGAGUCAGUGUACCUUUUCAAACAGGGAUGACGUGUUCAUUAGAAAAUGUAUUGUCAGACGCCAAGUCGCUGGUGGAAAGACUCCGCAACCAUGACAAUGCAGCGGAGGUACUUAUCGAACAGACAACGUCCCUUAACAAGAGGGUGGAGGCCAUGAAGCAGUAUCAGGAAGAGAUUGAGUCGCUGAACCAGGUGGCCCGGCAUCGGCCCCGUUCCAGUCUCGUCAUGGGCAUCCAGCAGGAAAACCGGCAGAUCCGUGACCUACAGCAGGAAAACAAAGAGUUGAGAACAUCCCUGGAGGAACACCAGUCGGCCAUAGAGCUCAUCAUGACUAAAUACAGGGAGCAGGUCUUCAGACUCCUCAUGGCCAGUAAGAAGGACGACCCAGCCAUCGUCACCCAAUUAAAGGAGCAGCACACCACUGAAAUGCAAGCGCACAUAGACAAGAUCAAUGAGAUGGCUACAGUGAUGAGGAAGGCUAUCGAAGUGGAUGAGGGGAGGUUGUGUGAAGACGAGGAGAGGAUUAAGCAACUAGAGCUGGAGAACAGUGGUCUUCGUGAGCUGCUAGGGAUCAGUCGAGAGGCCUUCCUAGUUCUGACGAGAGAGGAGGCCUCGGAUAGCACAUCCCUGUCUGCCCUGUUGACCAGCGCUGACAUCAGUCUCCGGAAGAGUUAGGCCCACACCAGCACUAGCUUGGAGUGUGUGUGUAUAUAUGCCCCCCCCCCCCCCCCCCCCCUUGUACAGCCCAUGCCCCCCAAUCACCUACAACCACACAAACUCCCAGAGGGCACUCAACAAUGAACGAAGCCCCAGGUCAUACUGCCGCCCACCUGUCACACUACAAUGGAGGUAUACAUUAGGAAGCCUCUGAGACAAAUGGGAAAAUCCUCCAGCGGUGUAGUCUGUCAUGCAUUUUUUGUGUUGGCAUGCAUUGUGCUAUCUGAUGAGCCUGUGGGGUUUUAAAGUGUGAAUGAGUGAAAGUGCUGCUGUUGAAUGACAAUAAAACACUUGAAAGAAA